AUGGAUGGCAAGGUAGUGGUGUUUCUCCGUACAGGCAGCGUGGCCCGUUUGCCGCUAUACCGUCGCCUCAGCUCGCUCAACGUAACGCUGGUGUUGGUGCACCCUUACACACCAUUGCCCGAGUUUGACGGUCUCUUUCCGCACUGGCUGCAGCAUGAGACGAGCGACGUGGAUGAGGUGCACCUUGCCUUGUCGGCCUUCCUGGCAUCGCGUGGGCUCGUCCCUGACGCGGUUGUAUCUUUCGAUGAGUAUGGCGUCUACCAAGCGGCGGUAAUUGCCGCGCGGCUGAACCUCACCCCGAUUCCUCUGCCACCUGUUGCAGUUUUACAGACCAACUUGAAGGAUUUGUUCCGCCUGUUCUGCAGCGAGCACGGCAUCCCGUCUCCAAAGUCGGUGCCGCUUCCUGUAAUGGCGGUGCUUCCGACACCAGCAGAGAUGGACAGCUGUGCGGGCGACGCGGAUGCGCUCUCGAUGGCGUUCGAGAAGGCUCGGCCAGCGCUGGCCAAGACUAUUUCCAAGACGAUAGAGGCCGCGGCGCUCGCGUUUCCAGUGGCGGUAAAGCCCAGUCCAGGGGCUGGAAGCCUGUUGGCUCGCUUGUGCUCCACCCUGGACGACGCGGUGGCACAUGUGUGGUACAUGUGUACGAUGCUUGCGAGCCAUCCAGACUCAAAACACUUUGCCGCCCUCACCAACCGUGCAGCGGCUGGACCUGUGCACGAAAGAGGCGCGACCGGUGUGCAGAUACUCGCGGAGGAGUUUAUUGAGGGACAGGAGGUCGACAUGGACUGCGUUGUCGAGCACGGUGUCGUGCGCUUCUGCUCCAUCUCAGACAACUUUGAACCGUCUCUGCCGUAUUUUGCUGAGGUUGGCGGGAUUUGCCCAUCACUGCUGGGGUACCGCGGUCAGUGUGCUCUGCGUGAAUUGCUCGACUCAUACGUCUCCGCGCAUGGAGUGCACUUGCACGGCGUUAUUCACUUUGAAGCCAAAUAUGACCCGGCCCGCCAGCGAGCCUACGUGAUUGAGGUGAACUGUCGGCCUGGAAGCGCGGAGACGAACACUAUGAUCCAAACUGUGUAUCGUGGGCUGAACCUGGGUGAGGCGCUGGUGCGCUGUGCGUUGCAGCUGCCUAUCCAGGAGCAACUGGAGGGCCUUUUCCCAGAGCUUCUAGCCGGCCAGAAAGACGAAGGUGGGGUGCAGAUGCCGUGGCAGACGGUAACUCCACCGCGCCUUUCCGAGGUGAAUGCAAAGGAGCAUAUCCGGAGCUCCGCUGCACAUACAGCGGUGUGGUCGCUGCUCGGCGGUCCGUCUCGCGGCUUCUUUCCACCACAGUGCUGGGCGGCGUCUGUGAACAUUUAUCCGAACCAUGCUGGGGUGCUGAGUAAGGCGCGUGUUCCGGUAGAGGACGCUUCGCUCGUUGCCUUCUCCGUCUCAGCGAGGGCAGGUGAGGCCGUGGCACCGCCGCCGAAGCAAUUCUACAUGCUUUGCUGGAUGGUGGUUCAAGGCACGACCGAAGAGGAGGCGAAGGACAACAUUCGUCGAGUGACAGACACAUUUGAGCAGGAGGUGGCAUUGCCGUUCUGA